AUGGUAACACUAAGCUCUUGGUUUGUAAUACUACUAAUUCAUAUACUUUUUUCCACAACAUUUAUAACAACAUUCAUUAUUGGAUUAGUUAUUAAUUCCCAGAUAAGACAAUAUACCCUAAUAUGCAUAACAUGGUGUCUGUGGUUAUUUGGAACUUUGCUAUUUUCUUUUGGAAGGAUUGUGGUUGGAGCGUAUCACACUAGUAGAAUAUCUUUAAAUAUUAUUUUUUUCACAGUAUCUAGUUUACUUCUACGAAUAAGUUUGUUAGCACGUAGCUAUAUUACAGAUAAAGACAAUCUAUAUUAUCAAUUAGAAGGUGCAAAGACUUAUGAUGAAUGGUACAAGAUUGGUAACAAAUUGGAUUAUCUCUGUGGUGGAAAUGAAUGGCGAGAAAUAGAAGAAACUGAUGAGUAUCAGUGGAUAUAUGUCAAAGACUAUAUCUUUAGGUUACAAAGAGCUAGAAAUGAGAACGAUAUAAAACAGAUAAUGUUUCUUUUAAGAUGGUGUUGCCAUCGCAAUUUUGCAUCUAUCUCAAAUCCAGUACUUUAUGAUAAAGCAUUCUGUGGAACAAAGAUACUAAUUGAAAAAUUUGAGACAGAAAUUAUCGAUAUUUUGGAAUUUUUAUCUAGUGUUGCUAUUCAGGAUAGUAAUAAACUAGAAUUUCAAAACUCAAGAGAAUUACUAGGUAAUGAAACAGACCAGGAAAUUAAAGAGGUGAAUAAUAUUUCAGAAAAAUAUAGAAAAUCAAUGAAACAAUGUUUUACAGAAUCUGCAGAAUUCGAAGUUGAUGGUGUUGAUAAUAUAAUAGUAGAAAAUAGAUGCAAUUUGACUGUAACUUCUAGUAGUACCAGUUCUGAGUUUAAUAAAGAUGAAAUAUCUCAACAGCUAAUGACAAGUUUUUGUUUUAACAAAAAUGAAAAUAAAGAGAUUAAUCCUAUAAUAAUGGAAGACAAUAAUAAUUAUUAUAUGAAAUAUAAAACAAGUGAUUCUGUUCUUAAGGACUUGGAUGUCAAAAAUGAAAUUGAUAGAACUAGUUUUAAGGAGGAAGAUGGAGGUAUUAACUUGAAAUAUAAUAGUAAAACUAAUAUGACUACACAAUCUAGAAGAACAUCAGUUACUGACUCUUCAUCAGAAUCAAUGCCAAUUUUGGCAUCAUCUUCAACUAAUUUAUCACUAUCUUCUUUUUCAGAGUUUAGAUCAAUAAAGAAAGAUGUAUCAGUUCAAACAUGUGAAUAUUUCUUAGGAAUUGAAAUAAAUAAAAUGACUAUGGGUUCUGCAAAUUCUUAUUUAUCAAUAAUAUCACCACAAAAUACAACUCAGUGUAUAUGUAAGAAUAUGAGCAUAAAUCUUGACAUAGCUAAAUCCUAUAUACAAAAAGUGGGUAUUAUGCUAAAUUCACCUUUAAAGUAUCCAAGUUGGUCACUAUAUAGAAAUAUGUCAGCACGACCUCUAAUCUGUGAAAUGUUAACUGAAAUGUCAGGUAUAGUUCAUGAUAGAGAUGGAAUAUUACAAUUUUUGGAGCUAUUAGGUCAUUCUAUAGGGCGUACAGCAUUAUGUUUAAGUGGUGGUGGAGCUUUAGCAAUGUAUCAUUUAGGAGUUGUGAAGGUUUUAAUACAGCAAAAUAUUAUGCCAAAUAUAAUUAAUGGCACAAGUGGAGGUUCUAUAGUUGCUGCAAUUCUAGCUAUUACAAAUAAUGACGAAAUACUGAAAAAUUAUAUUCAGCCAACAGUUUCAAAUAUGUAUGGACAUCGCUGGUUCCCUCCAUUUUCAGUUCAAAUAAGGCACUUUCUAGUCAAAGGUUAUAUGGUUAAUCCUAAGGAGUUCACAAAAACAUGCCAAAUGUAUUUUAAAAAUUAUACAUUUCUGGAAGCCUAUAAAUUAACUGGUCGUAUUGUCACUAUAACUAUAAGCCCUACACACAAUAAUACAGAACUUAUUGAACCACUGGUACUCAAUUGUAUCACAACACCUGAUGUAUUAUUAUGGAGUGCAGUUGUUGCAUCUUGCUCUUUACCUGGACUUAUGCCAGUAACUGAGUUAUAUGCAAAAGAUAAUCAUACAAAUCGUACAAUUCGUUACUUUCCACCAGGAAUGAAGUGGAUGGACGGUUCUAUAAAUCAAGAUGUUCCUCACAAGGAAUUAUCUACAUUAUUUAAUGUUCGACAAUUUAUUGUAUCCCAAGUUAAUCCACAUCAUGUUCCAUUUGUACAGAUUCAUAAUAAAAACAAAGCAAUACUUUACUCUGAAAGAAAGUUUUUAUAUAAUAUUUUAAAUUGGUUAACUUUAGAUAUUAAAUAUAGAUAUAUAAAAUUAGCAAAACUCAAGCUAAUACCUAAACUAUUUGGUAAAGAUGUAAGCAACUUCUGGAUGUUACAAGAUGUUGAGGGUCAUGUUACUAUAACUCCAAGAGUAUCAUUAUUUGAUUGGUAUAGAUGCGUCAACCAUCCUUCUUAUGAUGAUAUGCUCCAUUUUAUUAAUGAAGGUGAAAGGAGGACAUGGCCACAUGUAAUGAGAAUCAAGCAUAUGAGUUUAUUGGAAAAUGCUGUAAAGGAAUCCAUUAAAAAAAUUAAACAAGGUAUAAUUAUUUGA